CAGCGGCCUGUGGGCUGUGGCUUCCGCGUGUCCUGGCCCCCGCUUCCUCUCAGGCUCGUCUCGGCGUUCUGCUUCUGUCUGCCUCACUGCCUCUCAAUGAGUCUCCCGCUUUCUUCGCUUUUGGUGGUUGGCUUUCGUGUUUGUAGUCUCUUUCUCCUGCUUCGGUCUUCCCGGCCUUGGUCGUUCUCCCAGGCGUUGCUGUCCAAGAGCUGAGAGCCUGCCUGCGCGCCCAGCUCUGCCUGGAGAGAGACGGAGGAACCGGGGUCCUUCCUGCGCAGAGGUCAUGGAAGAGGUGACGUCCUGCUCCUUCAACACCCCUGUGUUCCAGCAGGAAGAGAAGAGAGGGAUCACCUACCGGAUCCCAGCCCUGCUCUACGUACCCCCCACCCACACCUUCCUGGCCUUUGCAGAGAAGCGCUCUACAAGCAGGGAUGAGGAUGCUCUCCACCUGGUGCUGAGGCGAGGGUUGAGGACUGGGCACUCGGUACAGUGGGGACCACUCACGCCACUGAUGGAAGCCACGUUGCCUGGGCAUCGGACCAUGAACCCCUGUCCCGUGUGGGAGCAGAAGAGUGGCUGUGUGUACCUGUUCUUCAUUUGUGUGCGGGGCCAUGUCACUGAGCGUCAGCAGAUUGUGUCAGGCAGGAAUGCUGCUCGCCUCUGCUUCAUCUGCAGUCGGGAUUCUGGCUAUUCAUGGAGCGACGUGAGGGACCUGACGGAGGAGGUCAUUGGCCCAGAAGUGAAGCGUUGGGCCACGUUUGCUGUGGGCCCAGGCCACGGCAUCCAGCUGCGGUCGGGGAGGCUGAUCAUCCCUGCAUACGCCUACUACAUCCCUUACUGGUUCUUUUGUUUCCUGCUACCAUGUAAAACCAGACCCCAUUCCCUGAUGAUCUACAGUGAUGACCUAGGGGCCACAUGGCACCAUGGCAGGUUCAUUAAGCCCAUGGUGACAGUGGAGUGUGAAGUGGCAGAGGUGACCGGGAAGGCUGGCCACCCUGUGCUGUAUUGCAGUGCCCGGACACCAAACAGGUGCCGAGCAGAGGCUCUUAGCACUGACCACGGUGAAUGCUUUCAUAGGCCGGCCCUGAGCCACCAGCUCUGUGAGCCCCCGCAUGGCUGCCAAGGCAGUGUGGUGAGUUUCCGGCCCCUGGAGAGCCCAUGUGGGUGCCAGGACCCUACUGGCAAAGAUGCCCCUACUGUUCAGAGCCCUCUGCUGGACAGUUCUCUGAGGCCAGAACAGGAAGCUAGAAUGCUGUCAGAAUCAUGGCUCUUGUACUCACACCCAACCAGUACAAAACGGAGGGUUAACCUCGGCGUCUACCUCAACCGGACCCCCUUGGAGGCUGCCUGCUGGUCUCGACCGUGGAUCUUGCACCAUGGGCCCUGUGGCUACUCCGAUUUGGCUGCUGUGGGGGAUGGCUUGUUCGCAUGUUUAUUUGAGUGUGGGGCCAAGUGGGAGUGUGAGAAGAUUGCCUUCCGCCUGUUUACAGACCGAGAGAUCCUAAGCCAUGUGCAAGGUGACUGCACCAGCCCUGGUAGGAACCCGAACCAGUUCAAAACUAAUUGGCUUAGGAUCCAGCUUUCCACAGAAGGGAAACCAGUAGAAGGCAGCCACAGCCAGGGUGAUGGAGGCCAGGACAGCAGAGGUUACUGAAGCUACAGGGAAUCCCAAAACUUAACAUUCUGCUCUCUACCUUUUUUUACCUCUCCAAAGAGGAAAAUGAAAAAUUUGCCAUAGCUACUGCAGUAGAAAUAGCACUGAAUUAUGUGAAUUAGGAGACCGUGAUAUGAUCCUGGGCCUGCCACUGGCUGGUUCUGGGACCUUGAACUCUUCGGGCCUCAGGGCUUCAUCUGUAAAAUGAGGUGAUUUGUUAUGUGAUUUCUCUCCCUCCUAUCCCUGGGGAAGGCAGAGUGCCUGCUUACUCCGUGAUCAGCAAGUCCUGGCUGCAUAUUGGACUCUGAUCUCAAAGUGGAAAUCACAGGUCUUCUCAUCUUUCAAAUCCAGCUGUGAGGUGACAAGCAGGUACCAUGCCAUAAAGAAAGGUGUGGACUGUUUGUUCAGUUUUUAAUAACAAACACCCACACCCUUCUAAUCGUGCUCAGAGCUCUGUAGGCUGUCCUAGAGGAACUGGGCAAAACAGCAGAAUGAUAACCUCACCUGCCUCCUUCAGCUUUGCAGCUCUGCUCACCCUGCUGUUCCUCAUCCAGAAGGUGUUAUUUCCUAGGGAGGAAAUGAUGGCCGUACUCCUGUGAAAGAUGAACCUGAAGUUCAUGUAUUAAGAUGGCUCCUGAUGGGAAAAAGACAUGGCUUAGGGCUUUAAAGCACUGGCAAAACCUCCCACAGUCUCUGCUCUUAAGGAGCUCACAGUUUAUGAGGCCAGAAGAGGGAGAAAAUUAAAAAAAUAAAUGCAGCGGGUAGGAUAGUUUGUAGAUGUUGGCACUCAGUUGGUGUGAUGGUAGCUCAUUGUCCUCGUUGCAUCUUUGUUGUGCCUGGAGUCUGCCCCAGCGCUUGUCUAGGCUGCUGGGUUUCCCCUGAGUUGGUUUUUCUUAGAAUACUGUCCUGGCCCAGCACUUCAUUGGCCAGCGGAGAAAGUCUCCAAACUUAGGAAGGUUGGUGGACACCCCCAAACCGCUGAAUCUAGUCUGUUUGUUUGGACCUGUUGAAAUCACCAUUUGUGAAGUGGGGAUGGCAUUUGUCUAGUAGUUGUGAGGCUGAACUUUGCCAGUAGUGGAUCUCGUGGAUGAUACCAGAUCAGUUGCUCUUACUUUAGAUUGUUUCCCCUGUAGUCUUCUUACUGUGAGAGAGGUUCUAUCAUGAGAUUUCUUUUUUUGUCUCCCUUAAGCUGGUAUAUCAGCUAAAUACAAAGUGGAGGGAAAACAGGUGUGCACUUGUUCGUAUGGGAAAUAAUACAAUAAUAAACUUGCUCUGCCCCACCCUGAAUAUGUGACACUAGCCAGUGAGACCCCCCAGUGGUAGAGCACAGCCUAGGAUGCACCUGUCAGGUGGGGGAAGAGCCCUACAGGUGGGAAGUGGGGGUUAGCUUCACUCACUUUAGCAUGUGGCUUAAGCCCAUGUCUUAGUGUGGCCUUUCAUACAUUUGCUGUCAUCUUCCCAGAAGUUAUUGUAAUCAUUCAUUCACUUAUAUAUACAUUUAUGUAAAUAUUUCUUGAGUGCCCAUGUAAGAAAUAUUUGCAUAAUGUAAGGUGCUUUCUGUUGCCAGUCCCUGGUUGAAAACAAUUUGUGGCUCUUCAUUGCCAGUUAAAGGGUAUUUACAUUGAUCAUGGCAUGUAGGGCCUUCACUUGUUGGGUGAAAUAAUGAUUACUUAUCUCUACUUCUUAAUAUGAAGCCCAUUGUCAAAGAAGACCUCUAUCAAGUUGGCAAGUGGAGGAAGGUAGGGACUUGGGGGUGGGCAGAGUGGUGGUGCAGGGAAGAGGGUUGAAAGGGCAUCCCCCUCCUGGGUAGUAGAAACUUCUUGUUCAGCAAAAUGUUCCUGAGCACUAUAUUCUGAACAGAUAGGGAUGGUGAGGAUGGAUGGCUGAGCUCUGCCAUCAGGCUAAAGGGUGGAGAGAAUGAGACUCAGGAUUUCUUUGGGACCAGCCAAGAAGGGCAUUGAGGAAGGGACUUCAGUGGCAUGCCCACGUGGACCACAGAUGGUUAGUAUAAUACUCACAGGACGUCUCAACUACCCCUCAGUUGCCCUCUUCAUCCUCCUUCCCCUUUGCCUCGGGUUUGUUUCUCAUAGUGAGAAACUCUCUGAAUAGGCAAUAAAUUCCCUUAAUAGGUAAAGGGCCUACGUGCACAUAUCAGGAAUAGCCAGAAAAGAGGGUUGGGGACAGGCUUAAUCCCGAAUGAGGAUGAGAGAGAGGGACUGAGUGAGCGAUGGCAGCUUUGAAGAAAAAGAACAGCAGGCAGACGUCCUGGCACCUUUAGGAAGAGAGAAAGUAGUACAGACAUGAGGCCUCGGCUGGACAGGUGGUGUAGGUGGUGGUUGCUGUGAGGAACGAAUGAUACCAGGCUGGAGCUAUUCCCCAAAACGUGUGGGAACAGAAGGAGCCCUGCUCAGGGCAGCAGGUGAGGCAGCAGAGAAGUUCCUACCCAACCCUGCAACUUGAAGCUGGCUCAACUUGUUCAUGCUCCAGGUGACCCA